AUGCCCACGCGUGCUUUUAUCCAGCGACUUCAAAAGCAUUACGCCUACUUUAAGCGAAGGAAUGGCGAAAAACUGCCACCAGGAUGCUCAUCUAUUGAAUUAAUUGACGAAGAUAAUCUUAAGUGUUGGUUCGUGCAACUCGCUUACAAGGACGAAAAUGGGAGUGACUUCUUCAUAUCUCUCAGAGUAAACUUUUCAGAAGAUGAAACCAGUGAAUAUUUAACGUCUGGAAAAACUCACAUGGGUAGAAAAAAUGCCAACGGAAAUGCACCCGAUCUCCCUGGAGGGCCACUAACAACACGUGGUGAGGAAAAUGACGAUUCUCUACGCGCUCAAAGUCAAGAGCAAGCACCUUCUUCAGUGCUAGCUUCCUUAUCGCUUUUAGGAAAUGACUUUGCGACUACUUUGGAGGAUAAAGAUAGCACGGUGGUGAGUAACAAGGGAAAAGAAGGAGGAGGAGGGAGGGGGGGAAGUGAUAAAAGCUUUAUACCAUUAGCACCAGCUAUCUCUACCCCAGAAGUUGUCUUGCAGACUAUAAGUAGCGUUGAUGCAAUAACUUCAGGGGAUAGAGCUAGGAUAUUACCUGAGAAGGUGAUCUAUACGCGAAUGCCAACUGUUCUAGUAAUUUGUCCACGCCUCAACGCAUCGUUCAUUCAUCACGGCGUCGUUUGUUCGCUCGAGCUCAUGUCGCAGUACUGGGAGCACACGGAAGAGAAUAUAGCUUUGCUAAUCACUACCCUAUAUCACACACUCAAUCCAUUUGAUGGAACUAGUCGUGUCUCCGUGAGUACGGUAGUGCCACCCGGUGGUCAUUGCUUAUCCACGCCUCUUCUCUCUGUUGCAUCGCGCUAUACCGAUGAAGAGCAUCGCGACGGCCUACAUUUUAUAGCACGCUCACACCCCCAUCUUUUUCGCCAAAUCCCUCGCCAGAACGUCCCGCAUUUGUCAGAUUAUGACAAUUUUAUCACCGAAAAGGGUAGUGAUGAAAUAGCAAAUGAAUGUUCACCCUCUCAAGCGCGAGAACACGAGUGUUAUCAAUCAUCCGUAAAACGUUUCCCGUGGUCGUGUCUCAGUACCAUAGACGAGGUCAAGUAUGCAAUUUAUCGAGGUAUCAUGUGCAAAUCUUCUCAGAGCAAAUUGACGCGGUCAGACACCGGAGUUAAGGCGAAGGACGACACCCCUGUGAAGGAUUUCAAUGCUAGAUUGAAUAUCGUAGCGCUGCUACAACAUGUGGUGGACCUCAGCCGUGCACGAAGGCAUGAUCAACAUGCGUCAAACCCCGCCCAACUUAUGGUGUUACGAAAAGAUCAUCGAGUGGAACCUCUUCGGGCUGCAUUGGCACUACCACGAAGCUUAGCCAACGUCUUCCAUAAGUCUUUCCUAACGACACCCGCGUGUACUAACUUGUGUGCCUCUAGCGCCUCUCCUAAUAGGGAUACCAAGACACCCCAAACAACGUCGCUGCAGAUUGUUUUGGAUGUAUUGCUGCCUCUAUGCUACGGUAGUCCUCCGCCUGAUUCUACAGCAAAUGGACAUCGCCCCCCCACUUGCUUUGAUCAGCACAACCACACAAGUGCUUGUAUGGCGAAGGUACAUAUUUCAGGAAAAGCUUCCGACCAGGAUGAUACAUCUGAGCCGCUAUCAACAUCGCCUCCUCAUCACUUCCCUAUUGCACUUGCCCUUCGACAGGGGGAAGUGCCUUUCUCCUGUCUUCAAGACCGUGAGGAUUUCGAAUUUCGCGAAGAUUACGGUAUUCCACUCAUUGGUACCUUGACGGAAGAUGGAUGUUCUGGCGAGGCUAGUAGUAAGGACAUGGCAAUGGUAUCGACCUGUAUCAUAUCGGAAGGUCUUUCACUGACGCUGAGUGAUUUGGAUGUCUACGGUCACCUGACAGUUCAUGGUCACCUUCGGCUCCGAAACUGUCGAUUUUUUGGCACUAUCGUAUGUGAAAUGAAUGGGCAGGUACAUAUAGAAAACUGUCGAGUCGGCAUCGACGUUGGACAAGAUCUCAUCGACGUCAUAGAAUGCAUUACUUUUACAGAGGAAAAUGAAGGUAAAAUUAUCUCUGCAAAGCUACUGCAGCAAGCUCCUAUGUAUGAAAAAGCAGACAGAGCGGUGUCGAUGCGAUUGUCUUCCGAAAAAAAGCCAACACAGCUGCCGCGUCGCUGUGAGGGUAUUUUGAUCCUCGAUACAUCUAGAGUUGAGGUGAGCGAAGUGACACUUGUGUCGUGUGCUCAGCCGCUGUCAUCGUUUUCCUCUUCCCCACAUUCUGCAGGCAGGGCUAUUCCCAAGUGGUAUCACUGCAGUAAAUCACCAGAUGCUAGCACCUUAAUGUUUGAGCAUGAUAGUGCAAAGUUAAGCCAGAAAGGGGACAACCACUCGGAGAUUAAUCCUCCGUCCGCAGCCUGUCAUAUGGGGAAAAAGGAAACCUUGGAAAGUAUAAUUGCAUCACUUUUAUUGGACCUGGUCUCUUUUUCGCCUGUUAUUGCGGAGAAGUUGCAUAAUCAUCACUUAGGUUGCAAUGAGCCCAGUUGGUGUUGGCCUCUUCCUGUUCUCUAUGCCCUUAUUUUUGUAUCCAACAACGGGAAACUCUUUGUCCAUGAUAGCUGCCUCUUCUCAAGACCUGGACCACUGGCCAGGUUCUGCAAGCAAAUUAUUUUUGCGGAACAAAACGCCUCUGUAGAUAUCAAUCACAGUACUAUUGUCGCGAGCAGUGUGGGCGCCGUGUGCAUCCAAAGCUGUCAGGGUCUAUUGCAUGAUGUCCACAUAACAAGCUGGCAUUACUUUACUACCAUGGUGGGCAAGGAGUGGACGUACGGCCUUGGGGAAGCCCGUGAAAUUCGGCAUCAGGCUCUUGAGGAUUUCAAGUGUGAUGACCAUGAUGAGAACUUAGCAAGGGUUUAUCAAAAUCGAAUGUUGGUUCUGUCUCCAACGUUCAGGGACACAAAACGAAGUACAGGACUGGUUGUUGAGCAGGGUGGUUCCUUGAUUGCACGUCAGUGCAUCGUAAAGGGAUUAUACUUUGGUUUUAGCAUCACAACCUUCUCCGUUGCCCACCUUCACAGCUGCCGCGCCAGUCACGUCGUCAAUGGAUAUACAGUGGAUGCGUCUGUUGCCACUUUUGAAAACUGCUCCGCAUGGAGCAAUCACGUCGGUGUGUUCGUGUUGAAUCAAGCCAAGUGUGAGAUAAUCGAGUACAGUGAUGGUUCUGUGACGGGGAGCUCGUUUGAUGAACGCUGCGCUGCAGUCAACCAGGCCUGUUGUAGGACCCGGCAGCACGGAGGCCCACGAAAGGCACUAAGGCUGUAUCAAAAGUGCGCACUUCGUGGGAACUCCCUCCGCGGCUUCGGUGCCCACGAUGCUGGAUCUUUGGACGCAGGAGCGCAGGGUGUGGGACUAGACGACGAAUCAGAUAGCUGGGCCACCUGUGGUUUCGGCCAAAAUCGUAUAGCAGGUCGCCCUUCUAGUGGAAAACACUGCAAUAGUAGGGGCCUGCGAUGCUAUUAUGGCGAAACUUACGGCAUUGAGGUGAGGGGGGCCACUAUCAAGGCGAGGGGCAUUACGGUUAUAAAUUCAAAAUGCGCUUGCGUCUAUGCGUACCCGUUGUAUAGUGGUCGGCCCGCGCGGCAGGAGUUGUCCAAGGACGGCCCGGAUAACAAGUUAGAAAACGAAGUAGGCGUAUGGACCCCCAGUGAGGUAGAGCUGCAGGAGUGUAUCCUUUGGGGUCUACCCAUGCAGAGCCUUUCUCCUCGGCUCGAAAAAGCGGUGAAACACAACAGCCAUUGUGUUUUGGAAUCGCGCCCGAGUAACAUUGAUAUUCCUCCUAAUGACUCAUUGGAUUUAAUGACAAAAUCUACCUGUAACUCGAAGGAUCCUCAGGGGAAUGAUGUUCAAGAUUUCAGCAUGGUUAGUGAUAUUUCACUUACACACACAUUGCUUGGAAUGCGGAAACACUACUCGGAUUGCAGAAGCAGCGGCAGUUACCACGAAAACCGUGUAGCAGCUUACUACGAUAGCGACGAUGGCUGUGGUGUAAAACUACUAGAAUCCAAGGGCAAGUUACACCGUUGCUUUGCUGUCGAUUUAAAGUUUGCCUUUAUUGUCAUGCAACAGGCUACAGCGUCGUUCGAGGAGUGUGUGGCAGUGCACGGCUAUAUCGGUUUUACGGUGAAAGACAACUCUGUGGCUACGCUUUGUGAUUGUGGGUCCUACAUGAGGGGCAUUGCUUUGCUCGUGCAGAAGCAUUCUCGCGUAGACAUUAACUGGGAGCCUUUGCCUGAAAAAGAACCUGCAGUGCCCACUUUGACUACCUCCUCUACGGAUAGCAGCUCGCAAACUUUAACGGAGCCAGCCUCUAUACCUUUGAUGAAACAUGCGAACGCAAAGAAAAUCGUUAGUGGCUUCCCCACCAGUGUUUUUGUGGCUGGUUUGAACGGCAUUGAAUGCAAGGCUAGUGUCGUGCGAUGUCACGGUAUAGCCGUACUUCAAGUGAGUGGCAGUGCCUUUAAUGUGCAUGGUGGAAGUACUUUGUAUGCGAAACGGUCCCUUGUGGACCUUUCGCUGAAAGGUUCCGCAGCUUAUCUCACGCAGAGACUAUCCAGGCGAGAAGCGGUGCGGAGGAAUGGCCUGGGAUGGAAGGGGGUUUCUGGCAUCGGUGGAGUCAAUCACCCUGAUGAAGCUGUUCCAUUAGGCCCAGCAGGGAUACUUGACGGCUGCAGCUGUGGCACUUGCCACCUGCAAACGUUUGAUAGCAUCAAGGAUACUCAAGAUGGUGCUUCUUCUUCCACCAUAGGCCUCAAGGCAUGGUCUAGCAGUAUGUGUUAUGUCGACGAUACCGAAAUACGUGGUGGGAUGUAUGGGGUUGUGGCCAUCGGUCCCGGUGCGCGGGUCCACGCCUACUGCGUCCGCAUCUGGGGUUCCCAGCAUGGUCUAAAAGUUGAAAGUGCAGCACAAGCGGAGUUUAUUAACUCCUGUAUCAGCAGCCUGCAGAGCGGCGUACACAUCUCCGCGAAUGCGCGCUGUCUUAUCCAACAGGGAAGCUACGCUGGCAGACUCUUCGGGGUUAUCUGCACAGACAGCUCGCUGUUGCGCAUCAAACAACAUGUCAAGGUGAAUGGUUUCUCUCGCGCUGGUAUUUACCUCCAUGAGUCAGCCAUCAUGGAAACAGAAGAAGAUAGUCGGAUCGAGGUUAAAGAGCACAACAAGGAUGAUUCACAGGAGCAGGAGUCGUUCAAUAGUCAUCCACCUUCACAGGACGGGACAGAACCGCGCAGUCUCUCGGUCUGCGUCCUGCUCGAGGCGCAUGCAAGCGCCAUGGUACAUUGUGCUCUCCUUGGUGGCGGAGCGGCCUGUGGCAUCCGCGCGCAAUCUGGUGCAUUCGUUUUUUUCCAGUAUUGCAUGAUCCAGGGUGUUCGGCUUAUCGGAUUGCACGUACUACCAACCUCUACUGUCCACAUCGGCUGCGGCAGCACCAUCGACAUGUUGGACGCCGUGGUCGAAAAGGACGAUGGACCACGUCUCCAACACUCAUUCAGGGGGGCUUCUGCAGCCGCACUGAUCACCUCCUCCUUACAUGCUUACCCCUAUUCACUUGUGGUAGAGCAAGGUGCAGUGUGCAGCUUCCUGCCUCCUGCAAAUACCCCACAGUCUCUGCCGGACUGCUGGUUAAACCUUCCCGUGCAGCAGUCCUCGCACACUUUCUUUGCCGCUAUCAGUUCGAGCAUAUUGUGCCUUCUAAGGGCAUUUAAGCCAUCACGGCACAUAAUCACCAUAUGGAGUUGGAUCGCGGCUAAUUUCUUCUCGUUCAAAGCUCAGCCGCAAGAGAAGUCCGUACUUUGGGGGAUGCAUACUUUUUGCUUUUCUCGCUGGGCAAGAUCGUCUCUAAGGUGGGCUAUACAGACACUUGCGAGCCCAUAUCGGUCUGAAAUGGCCUUGCUGCACGAAAGCAAAACCAAGGCAAAAGUGUGUCUUGACAAAGAAACUAAAAUAGCAGUUAUAUCGUCCAAGAGCUCAACUUCGGUUUCUCUUUCUAAUAGCGUCAGAAGCAGCAAUGAUGUACGGAGCAUGCGUAGGAUGCGGGACGGAUCUGGCUUCCUUGAUUGGACCAAGUCUAAUCGCAGUAAGGGGAACCGGUGCCAUACCACAUGGGCAUUAAGGCCAAUGCACCACACUCCCAACAAGAAUACCUUCCCACCGUGGCUUACACAAAUGGGAAACAAUAAAGUACCUUCGCAGAUGACCUUACUUUCUACCACUUCGAGCAUUUCGGGACGUUCUGUUAUCUGUGGUGAGUGCAGCCUAUGCGAGGUAUCCUUGAAACUUCCGAUGUGUCCGUUGCCCUCGGCUGGUGCAGUAAAAGGACCCGUUUUAGAUACCUCUCCGUUAUUUCCGGAAGAGGAAGAUAGCGUACACUACCACCAACAUCACCACCGAGGACCAGCGCUUGAAGACUGUGUAUCGAAAGGUGUUAAUGAUGGGUACAGCUGUCCGUGCAAUGCGGCCAUGUCGAUUAGGGCCUGUGGGGCCCUAACGCUUCGUCGGUGCAGCUUUGUUUGCUUAGCGACUCCGCCUCUCCGAAUGUCAGCGUCAGGCUUAGCACGGCUUGACUGCCAUAUGAUGUGUUGUAGCGGCGCGAGAGCGCGUCUACAUUUGUGUGGCGUUCACAUAAAGCUAUAUACACCGCAAAAGGGGGCGCUGGAGAGCACAGAAAAAUUGAUGCGGCAACGACAAACAACCCUUCCAACAGACCCUUGGUUCUAUUCUUGUAAUAAGAUGAUUAUCCACGCAGUGAAUAGGUCCACUGUCGUACUCUGUCGUGUUACGAACGAAGGAUUCCAUUCACCCCUAGAACCCUGCGCUCGUGUGUGUGGAAACGGUAAAGAGCGGCAUUCAGAGGCAUCACAUUGUCAGUCAGACCCCCUGAUGGUACUGGAGGAUAUGACAACUGUACAGCAUGAGCUUAACAGCGAAGAAACACAUGCUCGCACCGAUACUGACGGUCCUUGUGCAGACUUCCACAGCAAGGAAUCCUACAAGAGGGCUUCGUCUGUGCUAUCCUUUGCGUUACUCCGUCUCAGCGUUCAUGCCUCUGGACAGUCUACUGUAUAUGUUUAUCGAACAUUUUUACACAACCUCUUAGCAAGCCACAAGUCGAAGCUGACGGCUAUCCAAAGCACGAUUGUGGGUCCGGCACCGGUCACCGAUAUCCAAUCAGGUGCGGUGCUGCACACACAACAAGGUAUAAUACUCGCUACGCUCGUGUGUGUGUGA